CAUCCUAAAUUAUUGGUCAUUUUCACUUUUUUAGAUAUAUAGGUUUCAAAAACUAUAUACCUGUACAAGUCAAAACGACUAAUUAUUUAGGGCGGAUGGAGUAGUAGAGAAGAUCAAGGUAAUUAAGAUCUGAAUGAACCUUCCAACAACCUUUGAUACAACCUCGUCGCUACAAACAACAUACUUGAUGCUUUAUUCGCUUGAGCUGAAACCACUGACCCGACGGGCCGGGUAUCACCCGUUGAAGGCUUGUUUUCAUUAAUGUCCUCGUGAUAUACACACGGGAAUACAGAGAAGAUUGGAGGAAUAUUAUUUCUUUUAACAAAAAGUUUGAUAUGGACCACGGUGAAAAAAGCUAGAUGGCUACCCAUUGUCGGCUUUGGCAACUCACCUAACCCACGUACGCCAUUGAAUUUUUGAGGUACCAACAAAACAAAUAUUCCCUUUCAUCAUCAAAGAAAAGUCAGAUAGGUGUGCAAUUCCUCGCAAAAGGAAAAAAAAGGAGAGAUUUAUGUGUACAAUUGUAUUUUUAUUAUCUAUAGGUUAGAAUUUAAUUAUUCAUCAAUUGUGUAAAAGCUUAAGAAGAUUUUUAGUAUCAAACUCCUACAUCCAAACUUUUAGUACCUUUUAGUCACUUGAUCACUUUAGUACCUUUGUGUAAAAUUAUAUCGAAAAUAUGACCCAUUAGCCCCCUGAAGAGCACCUAAAAGGAGCUAAAAGGAGGAGUUGAAUGGACCUACCCCUCACUUUAGUCACUUUGAUAGGAAAGCUUUAAUACCUUUUAGUCACUUGAUCCAGACAGGGUUGACUAAAAUUUAGUCAUUACUUUUAGUCACUUAAUCCAAAUAUACUUCAUUACUCCAUACAUGCAAAAGAAAUUCGUGCUAGAAACUAGCAGAAACCAAACGGGGCCAACAUAAUCUCGGAGAAUUGACGUGUUUGCCCCUGUCCCUCCCCGCGUGCCCCCCUGUCGUCCACGGCGGCGUGGCCUCGUCGGGUCGCCAACCGCCGCCUAUAAAAGCAGAGCAGGCACCCUCUCCACCAUUUUUUUUCUCCUCUCCGUCUCCUUCCUUCUACCCCCGACUCGAACCAUCCAAUCCAUCUCCGUCUCCCUCCCUUAUCUGGAAACCUAGCCCACCAACCAAUCUAGGCCGAGGCCGAAUGGCGGCGCCAGGGGGCGAGGACAAGGACGUCGAUGCCUUCCUGGCGGACUGCACGCCCUCGGGCGACGCCGCGUACGGCGCCGCCAAGGCCGUGCUCGAGCGCCUCCACGCCCCCGCCACCCGCCCCGCCGCGCGCCGCCUUCUCGGCGCCGUCCGCCGGCGGUUCGCCGCCGACCCCGCCGCGGGGGAGGACUGCUUCCGCACCUUCCACUUCCGCAUCCACGACGUCCUCCUCGACCCACACGUACAAGGUUUCCAACAAAGGAGGAAGCUGACAAUGAUGGAGAUACCUAGCAUCUUCAUUCCUGAAGAUUGGUCCUUCACUUUCUAUGAGGGCCUCAAUCGGCAUCCGGAUUCCAUUUUUAGGGAUAAGACUGUAGCAGAGCUGGGAUGUGGUAACGGUUGGAUUUCCAUUGCUCUUGCAGAAAAGUGGUCUCCUUUGAAGGUCUAUGGCUUGGAUAUAAACCCAAGAGCUGUGAAGAUUGCGUGGAUAAACCUGUACUUGAAUGCAUUCGAUGAUGAUGGUCUCCCAAUCUAUGACAGCGAGGGGAAAACAUUGCUUGAUAGAGUUGAAUUCCAUGAAUCUGAUCUUCUUUCUUACUGUAGAAACAACAAGAUAGAGCUUGAUCGCAUUGUUGGAUGCAUACCACAGAUCCUUAACCCAAAUCCAGAGGCAAUGUCAAAGAUUAUAACCGAAAAUUCAAGUGAGGAAUUUUUGUACUCCUUGAGUAACUACUGUGCACUUCAGGGUUUCGUUGAAGAUCAAUUCGGACUUGGGUUGAUUGCACGGGCAGUUGAAGAAGGGAUAGCUGUCAUAAAGCCUUCAGGUAUUAUGGUAUUCAACAUGGGAGGUCGACCAGGACAGGGUGUCUGUCAACGUCUAUUUGAACGCCGGGGAUUUCGUAUCACAAAGCUCUGGCAAACCAAAAUUAUGCAGGCUGCUGACACAGAUAUUUCAGCUCUAGUUGAAAUUGAGAAAAAUAGCAGACAUCGCUUCGAGUUCUUCAUGGAUCUUGUUGGGGAUCAGCCUAUAUGUGCUCGCACUGCUUGGGCAUAUAUGAAAUCAGGUGGCCGCAUUUCACAUGCUUUGUCUGUGUAUAGCUGCCAACUUCGCCAGCCCAACCAGGUGAAAAAAAUAUUUGAGUUUCUCAAAGAUGGAUUUCAUGAAGUCAGCAGUUCCCUUGAUUUAUCCUUUGACGACGACUCCGUUGCUGAUGAAAAAAUUCCCUUCCUAGCAUACCUAGCUAGUUUUUUGAAAGAGAAUAAGUCCAAUCCCUGUGAGCCACCGGCUGGAUGUCUAAAUUUUCGGAAACUUGUUGCCGGAUUUAUGAAGAGCUACCACCACAUUCCUCUAACUCCUGAUAAUGUUGUUGUGUUCCCUUCUCGUGCUGUGGCAAUAGAAAAUGCUCUUCAAUUGUUCUCUCCGGCACUUGCAAUUGUUGACGAACAUUUGACCAGACAUUUGCCCAAGCAGUGGUUAACAUCUUUAGCAAUUGAGGGAAGAGCAGAAAGUAACCAUGCUGAAGGUACAGUCACUGUGAUUGAGGCACCACGCCAGUCAGAUUUGCUGAUUGAGUUGAUCAGGAAGCUGAAGCCUCAGGUUGUUGUUACUGGGAUGGCUCAAUUUGAGGCUAUCACUAGUGCCGCUUUUGAGAACUUACUAAAUGCAACAAAAGAUGUUGGUUCCCGGUUAUUCCUGGAUAUUUCAGAACAUUUGGAGUUGUCUAGUCUGCCAAGCUCUAAUGGUGUCUUGAAAUAUCUUGCCGGAAAGACCCUACCUUCCCAUGCAGCCAUACUGUGCGGUUUAGUAAAGAACCAGGUUUAUUCAGAUCUGGAAGUUGCUUUUGCCAUAUCUGAAGAUGCAGCUGUAUAUAAAGCAUUAUCACAAACUAUUGAGCUAUUGGAAGGUCACACUUCCCUGAUCAGCCAGCACUAUUAUGGCUGCCUCUUCCAUGAGCUUCUGGCAUUUCAAAUUGCUGAUCGGCAUCCACAACAAGAGAGGCAACCUGCAGAAGUGAUACCUCAGCAGAUGAUAGGAUUUUGUGAUCCAGCUAUGUCUAUCCUAAAGGCAGCUGAAUUUUUCGUUCCUGAUUCAAAUGAAUCCAGUGUCAUUCAUAUGGAUUUAGAUCGCAGCUUUCUGCCAGUGCCUUCUGCAGUGAAUGCCUCUGUUUUCAAGAGUUUUGUCAGGCAAAACAUAACUGAUUCUGAGACCAAUGUCCAUUCCAGCAUCCAGCAGCUGGUGCAAGAUAGCUAUGGUUUAUCUGUAGAUGGUUGUUCUGAAAUUAUCUAUGGCAAUACCUCUCUUGCACUCUUCAAUAAGCUUGUUCUUUGCUGCAUGCAAGAACAAGGCACCUUGCUUUUUCCCUUGGGCACCAAUGGCAAUUACAUUUCUGCAGCAAAGUUUAUGAACGCAAGCACUUUAACUAUACCGACAACUUUUGGUUCAGGAUUCAAGAUUGAGCCAAAGGUUUUAUCUGACACUCUUAAGAACGUAUCUCGGCCAUGGGUGUAUAUUUCUGGCCCGACGAUCAACCCUACUGGUUUUCUAUACAGUGACAGUGACAUUCAAGAGCUGCUAUGUGUCUGCGCUGAAUAUGGAGCUAGGGUAGUGAUAGAUACCUCCUUCUCAGGCCUGGAGUACCAAACGGAUGGCUGGAGUCGAUGGAAUCUGGAAGGAUGUCUUUCUUCUUUGAAAAGUUCAAAGCCAUCGUUCUCUGUAGUCCUGCUGGGAGAGCUGUCCUUUCAGCUGAUCGCAUCAGGGCAUGACUUUGGGUUUGUGAUUUUGAGCGACUCAUCCUUGGCUGACACAUUUCAUAGUUUCCCUAGCUUGAGUCGGCCGCACAGCACAUUGAAGUACACUUUCAAGAAGCUACUUGGCCUGAAGAACCAGAAGGAUCAGCAUUUCUCCGAUCUAAUGGUGGAGCAGCAGGAGGAGCUGAAGAGUCGUUCCAACCACUUAAUUAAGACGCUGCAAAGCUGUGGCUGGGACGUUGCCAGCGGUUGCGGUGGUAUCUCGAUGCUGGCGAAGCCGACUGCCUACAUAGGGAAGCACUUCAAAGCUGAUGGCUUUGAGGGCAAGCUGGAUGCGAGCAACAUCAGGGAAGCCAUCCUCAGGGCCACGGGGCUGUGCAUAAACAGCAGCUCCUGGACCGGGAUACCCGACUACUGCCGGUUCAGUUUUGCGCUGGAGAGCAGCGAAUUUGAGCGCGCGAUGGGAUGCAUAACUCGGUUCAAGGAGUUGGUUUUUGGAGGCGAUGCCCAGGCUCAGAUGAACGGUAACUGACGGAACAGGCUGGCUGUUGGUCUAUUGCCUCCAUCCAAUCCAUCACCGUUCGGGGGGGGGGGGGGGGGGGGGGGGCAAUCCAUCCAUUGUUUGAAAACUUUGCCUCAGUGCUAUGAAUCAUUGUUCAGGGAAAUGCCUACUGUGAAUUGAGUGUGUUGGCUACAAGCUGGUCUGAAGUUUGUUCCGUCCGGCUUACGCAUUCUCUUGCUCUCCCCUGUUGUAUUAAAGCUGGCUUAUUCUUUCUUAACCUACGGGAGUUACGUGCAUCUUUUACCGCUUUCAACUUAUUUUCUAUUUAUUUAGGAAUAAAUGUAUUUACAUUAAAACA